UUCUGGAAUAAACGUGCUUCAACGUGUUGAUCAUGUCAUUUUUCUAGUUUUUAGCUUCGCGAUUCAAACACAUUUGUUUUUGAGUGUAAAUAAAACAUAACGUAAAAAGUCAAUAAGAAAUGGAAGACAAGGAAAUGGAUACAUCGAGUCAGGAGCUUCGCGAAGAAGACACAAUGAAAAUAUUACUCGCCACUGAUUGUCACUUGGGUUAUGAACAUAGCACAAAAAGAUUACAAGAAAACGAUAGUUUUAUUACGUUUGAAGAAAUACUGAAACUUGCUUUGAAACAUGAUGUAGAUUUUAUAUUGCUCGGAGGUGAUUUGUUUCAUGAUAGCAAACCAUCACAGAAAGUUGUAUUGCAAUGUAUGGAAUUGCUGAAAAAAUAUACUUUGGGAGAACGCGAUAUCAAGAUCCAGUUUUUGAGCGAUCCUGAAAUCAUUUUUCCUCAUGCAUCUCAAAAAGUGGUCAACUAUGAAGAUCCAAAUUUGAACGUGGCAAUGCCAAUUUUUUCUAUUCAUGGAAAUCAUGAUAACCCAAGUUUUGAAUCAACUGGAACCAUGGACAUACUUGGGGCUUCUGGAUUUAUCAAUUAUUUUGGGAAAUGGGCUGACUUGAACGAUGUUACGAUUCCUCCACUGGUAUUCAACAAGGGCAAAACUUUUGUGUCUGUGUAUGGCUUGAGUUUCAUGAACGAUCAGCGAUUAUCAAGACUGCUCAGAGAUGAUAAGAUCAAUUUCCCUCAGCCAAGCGGUAUUUCGGAACCAUUCAAAAUGUUUGUACUCCAUCAAAAUCGUGCCAAGCACACAACGAAUGGUUACAUUCCAGAGGACAAGUUACCAGCGUUCUUGGAUUUGAUAUUUUGGGGUCACGAGCAUCAGUGUCGCGUUGUACCGGAACAAAUUGUAGAUAACUCCGCUGAUCCUCCCCGGCGUUAUUAUAUCACUCAGCCAGGAAGUCCUGUCGCGACAUCUCUGUGCGAGGGUGAAGCGGUAGAAAAACAUGUUGGCUUAUUGAAAGUUAAUAAAACACGCUUCAACAUGAAACCGAUAAAGUUGAAAACCGUUCGGCCCUUCGUUUUCGAAAGUAUUCGUCUCAAGGACGUUGACAUUCAGGCUGAUUAUACCAAACCUCUUGCCGAUUUCGUUUAUCAGUACAUCGAUGAAUACAUACAAAACGUUAUCAUUCCAAAAACCGCGCUACAAUUAACAGGUCAUCCUCAACAACCUACUUUGCCUUUAGUUCGACUGAGGAUAUUCUAUGACGAAGAUGCUCAAUUAUUCGAUCCCGCUAGAAUAUCCCGAAAGUAUCAUGAUACAGUAGCAAACCCGCGUGAUAUGAUCAUAUUUCGAAAAGAAAGCACGAAAAAAUCUUCAGCUCGAGACGAUGAGGAGAACGAGGAUUUUGCAGAUAUGAACGAAUGCUUUCAACAUGAAGGCGAUAUUGAUUGGAAUGUGUCCGUUCAAGGCUCGAUACAAAAAUAUUUUUCCCGUGACGACAAAAAAGAUCAAUUAACAGUAUUAUCCGUUGAUGGUUUAAACGAAGCACUGAGUAGAUAUGUCGAGGCGGCUGAUGAUGAUGCUUUUCAAGAUGUCAUUAAUCAUCAGAUAAAGAAAAAUUUACAGUACAUGGAAAAAUUUGAUAUCGAUGAAGAGAAGGAAAUAAUACAACAACUGAAAGAAUACAGACAGGAACGACAGGCUGCUGAGGCAGAUGGGGCCGAAAGACGUGAUGUUCAAAAUAUUUUGGACGACGCAACGCGGAAGAGUCCGAAGAAGAAGACUCAAUCGAUCGCCACAGAAGUGGAAAACGAUGAGCAAGGUACUUCGAGUGAUGAAAUGGACUACGAUCAGUUCCGGGAACUAGAACGGAGUAAUAGUCGCAGAGCAGCAGAAUUGAGGGCGAGACAGCCUCCAGGACGUUCCGGAUCGAAACCCAAACCCCUACGUAAUCAGAUCGCUCCCCUUCCAUUAUCGAAACAACCUAAUCUGUUUCAUGUUUCAAAGAAAUCAAAACGUGGUAAUGGCGCAGCCGCGGGCUCGUCGGGUCGGGGCCGCACAGCAGCAUCAAACAAACCAGUACAAUCGUAUGAUGUGUCAGAUUCUGAAUCCGAAUGAAAACAACGAUUUCGAAGAGUAUUUCAUUGCUAAUUUCAGACUGAUAUAUUUUUUUUCCAUAGACAAUAAAUAAAUUUCCAUUUGCAACAAAAUUUGUCAUAAUUUAAAAGCUCACGAAGCUAACGAAUUGUCUAUUACCUUGAAAUAAAUGGACCAUAAUUUUCGUUCUUAA